UAAACCCGAGUUCAUCUGUCAUAAUGUCUUAUUUAGGGACAGCUCUGCAUGCCUUAAAGAGAAGUGAGGAAGCACUAGAGAUAAUGGAGCAAGCAAUAGUAGCAGAUAGAAAAAACCCACUUCCAAUGUACCAGAAGGCUAACAUACUUGUCUGCUUAGAAAGAUUAGAUGAAGCUCUAGAAGUUCUUGAGGAGCUCAAAGAGUAUGCACCUUCAGAGAGCAGCGUUUACGCUUUAAUGGGCAGGAUCUAUAAGCGGCGAAACAUGCACGAUAAAGCCAUGCUUCAUUUCGGUCUCGCUUUGGAUAUGAAACCGCCUGCAACUGACGUUGCUGCAAUAAAGGCUGCAAUGGAGAAAUUGCAUGUUCCGGAUGAGAUAGACGAGAGCCCAUGAAACCAUUGCUGCUCCAAGGAACCUUGAGUUUGAAUUAAUGUGAAACCGUUGCUGCUCCACGAACCAUGGGUAUAAAUUAUCUGUGCAAAGCCUAGCUCUUUUAGGGAACUAGUUGAAUUUUAAAUCUUUAGCUUUGGUACUAAACAGUAACACAGCCACAAGAGCUUACCACAUGACAUGACUUGAGUAAUGUAUCAUGAGUUAAGCUGUAUGUUGUCCAUAACUACUUAUUUGCAAUAUAUAAAUUUUCCACAUGGGUA